AUGCAGUACAGCCGCUUUGUUAUUAGUGUUAUACCAAGAAAUGAUCACAAUUCAUUAUUAUCCACACUGCAUAAUCAACGUCAACAACAAUUUACUGCUAUACUGCUUGAUUUUAAUUAUAAAGAAAAUGAUGAUAUACAUGAAAAGCUGAAUCAAAUAUUUACAAAUUUGAAAUCAUUUACGAAUCCAUCUUUAUGCAUACAACAUAUAUUUGAGCAUAAAAAACAGCAACUAUUCUUUAUCGGUUUCAGUUUAUCAGCACAAAAUGUUGUUCCAUUGAUUCAUGACCUUAAUGGAAUCUAUGCUUCCUAUAUUUAUUGUCAAACGAAAAAACAACAUCAACAAUGGCUAAGAAAAAAAGGAUUAAAUAAAAUAAAACUUUUUUUAAAUAAAACUAAACUAUUUCAACAAUUAGAAGAUGAUAUUCUUCAAUGUGAGAAACAUAGUGAAGAUGACGAUAUUCAUCCGUUACCAACCGUAAGUUGUUUCAAUGAGAAGGCAUUAAAAAAUAGUUCAAUUCGAACUUUAAGUAAACAUUCAAAAGAAUUUAUUCGGUUUCGAUUAUUAAUUGAAAUUUUAUUAACUUUAUCAUUUGAAAGAGAAAGAGCUAAAAAGUUGAUGAUUGACGCUUGUCGUAAUUACUAUAAUGGUAAUGAUAGCGAAAAUAACAAUAUAACAAAAUUUGAAAAUGAUAAUGUUGAUGCAAUUCGUUGGUACACAAGUCCAACAUUUUGUCAUAAAUUAACAAAUAGAGCUUUAGGUACAGAAGAUGUUAAUUGUUUAUAUACAUUUCGUUUUAUGAUUGUCGAAAUACAUAAUCAAUUAGAUAGUUUGCAUAAAACUCGUACACAAUUAUUACCAUCAAUUAUCUAUAGAGGCACAGCUGUAAAAGCCAUUUUACUUGAAAAUUUAAAAGAAAAUUUAAAUGGAUUAAUAUCGAUGAAUGGAUUUGUAUCAGCUAGUCUUAAUCAGCAAAUUACUAAUAUCUAUUCUGGUAAAGGUGAUCCAGUUCGUCCUGGUUAUGAACGUGUCUUAUUUAAACUACCUAUAAAUGAUAAAAUUGCAACAAGACCAUAUGCACUUAUUCGAGAGUUUAGUGAUAUACCGGAUGAAGAUGAAAUUUUAUUUUCUGCUGGUACAAUAUGGCGUAUAAAUUCAAUUAAUAAAGAUGAAGAAAUAUGGAUUAUUGAAUUAGAAUUAAUUAAAGAAGAUGAAGAUAAACGUUUAAUAGAAUUAACUAAUUAUUUAAAACAACAGUUAGGCGAAACAUCAUCAUUAUUAACAUUAGGUAACUUUUUAACUGAGAUAGGUGAAUAUGAAGAAGCUCAUUGCUAUUAUCGACGAGUAUUAGAAGGAUUAGAUGAAUCUGAUUAUGAGAAUAGGUCAAUUAUUUAUAAUAAUCUCGGUUGUCUUCGUUAUGAAACAGGAAAAUAUAUGGAAGCUGAAGUUUAUUUUGACCAUGCUCAAAAAUGUUUAAUUGGUAAUAAAGAAACAUUAUCUGAAUCAAGUACAGAAAUACUUGCUCGUUGUAGUCGUUCGCUUCGUAAUCCUACUACCUCAUUAUCGCCAGCUGCCGAAGAGACAUUUGAUUUCAUAACAAAGUCAUUAACAGCUAAUCAUUCAUUAGUUAUUGGAAAAAUUUAUAAUAAUCAAGGUCUAGUUUAUUAUCGUACUCAUGCUUAUUCAAAGGCUCUGAAUAAAUAUGAAGAAGCUAGAGAUAUAUUUGAAAAGAAAACUCGUUCUCCAUUAGAUAUAUCAGCUGUCUAUAAUAAUAUUGCUAUUAUAAAUUUUAAAACCGAACACUAUAUAGAUGCGAAAGAAAAUUUUCAAAAAGCAAUUAAUAUUGGUGUUGAAAAAUUACCAUUCGAACAUCAGUGGAUUAAGGAUUAUAUACAAAACAAAAAACUUGUGUUAGAUUACCUUGAUGGAAAUGAACCAAAACGACGAAAAUUUCGUUAA